UCAUCUCUCUCUCUCACAAGCGCGUGCAUUAACGUUCCGGGUAGACAUGUUCCGGGCACGCAAACAGCUUGGCAAGCGGCAAACGGCGGACAGUGGCAACGGUUUCCGUCCGAAGAAGUUCCGGACGGACCAGCAGGUACCAACGAUCGACGAUGGACAGAGUGCGAGCUCCACGGACGGUGCCGUACCGGACGGGGCUGAUGGUGCAGCGACGGGCAAUGUUUUGCUCGAUUGUGAAAUCCCUCGCUACGGUACUCCGGUGGAACGGAAGCGCUGCCGGAAGGCGGGUGACUUUGUGAUUGGGUACGAGCUGGGCACGAGUCCGGGCGUGCCGCAAACGCAAUAUCUGGCCCGCAAACAGGGCAGCAACGAGUUCUAUCUACUGAAGAUUCUCAGCUUCGAUCCAGAAACGGAAAUCGUAGACAAAGAAACGUUACAGGGCAAGGUGUUGCUGCACAACGAGUUUACGCUGCUCUCGAUGUUGGACGAUCUGGAUGGUGUAAUUCAUCAGCACGGAUUUUUUAGCGAUUAUGCGUUCGAGGAGCGUCAAAUCGAGCGGGACGACGGUACGGUAGAAUCGAUCUAUACCGGCCGUAUCCGGCGUCGACUAAUUCUCGUGCUGGACUGUGUUCAUGCGCACGAAUUCUGUGACGAAUCAUCCGCGUACAUUAGCCUUCAGCGUCACAUCUCGGUUGCGCGGCUUAGCGAGCGGAAAGCGCUGAAACUGUUCUACGAGGUGGUAAAGGUGGUCGAGCAGCUGCACGCCCGUAACAUCAUCCACCGGGAUCUAAAGCUGAACAAUAUUGUGCUCGAUCGGCGUACGGGACGCAUCAUACUGACCAACUUCUUCCUCGGCAAACAUCUCAUCAACGAGCAGGAAUGUUUGUACGAUCAGCGUGGCAGUCCGGCGUACAUAUCGCCCGACGUACUCGGCGGUAAACCAUACCGUGGCAAACCGUCCGAUAUGUGGGCACUUGGCGUUAUUCUGUACACGAUUGUGUACGGAAAGUUUCCCUUUUUGGACACUACACCGUCGGCGUUGUUUCGCAAAAUUCGAGAAGCGGAUUAUACCAUUCCGAGCGGUUUCAACACGUCACAAGAGACGAAAACGCUCAUCAAGCGUAUGCUGACCCUUAACCCGGACGAGCGCUUAACUGCCUGGGAAGUGCGUACCGAGCUGGAGCAGAUACUUCGGCGUGUCCGACGGCCGCGCACGAACUGUGAUCAGCUCGUACCAGAACUAGCCGAUGUGGAGCCUUCGCUUACGGGCGAUAAACUUCCACCCGCUGAUCAAUCGAUCCCAACCGGGAAAGAAACCGUUGGAAGUUCUUCCACCGUUGAACCUAUGGAUGUGGAUCCGAUCGUAAAUGGUUCAGAAAAGACGUUCGUAAACCCUUCGCCCAAGUUCGAUCUAAGCACAGAACAAUUUUCCCGCAUCCUUGAAGCGACCGUCAAUCAGCGCCGUACGGAGGAAUGCUCCAAAGCGAAGGGCGAGCGAACGUAUAAGGUGAAGACGACGACGUACCGGUUCACUCCCAGCAACGUGGCGUGUCAGGUUCACCGGCAGCAGAAUGCUGCUGGGGAUGCUGUUUUGGUUGGUGGACAAAAUACGGCUCCACUAGCGGAUCAGCAAUCGGCGAUGGGUGGAAGGCGCCCGAGCACGACCACGGCGGGUGGCGUUGAUCAGGCGCUGGUGUCCGGUGGUGCGGGAAGGAAUUGGAGUCGGUUCAAUUUUAACUUGAAUCUGCAGUAUACUGCAAGCUCGUACAACAGUGCGGCCAGGGCAGUAGCGGCGGCCAUCGCUGCCGUGCAUAGUGUCGGAACAUCAAGCGCUGUAAAUCGUACUCGGACGGAAAGAACUCGCAACGAUCCGAACGGGAACGGUCCAAACGCUACAACCGCCGAUCGCCCAUCAUUGCCCCGACUCGUUAGCGUUAGCCAAACUGUCCGUAUGGUAAGAUCUGCCGGCGGAUCACAACAGCAACAACCAGCGUCUCCACAACCAUUGCUCAUUAACGCUUCGGACGCCAAUGGUGGGCCCGCCACGAUCAAUACGGAGCCAAUCGCUGUAGAUCAACAGGCAAACCGACCAUCGCUGGCAUCACUACCCCCAGCGGCACAGCGUUUGUACGCCAUCAUGAACUACAUAUCGCUCAACAACAGCCGUCAACCGGCGGCAGUUGGUAACACUCGAUCGACCAUGACAUUGGCCACAUCAACUGCACCAGCGUCCGCUCAUACUGCACCACUCGCCGAGCACGAUCCGACGCUCGGGCUCGACUUUAACGGUGUCAUUACGCCGGAAAUUGCGGACAAGAUUGUCGCUUACCUGAUCGUUAACUUGCGCAGUCUCGACUGGGUGGCGAACGUGUUCCGUUCGCUCGAUGGUGCUGCGAAUGAUCCCGAGCUGCGGGUGAACAAUUUGCUCGAGUUAUUGCGUCAGCUCGGUGUGCGGAUGGAGGCGUGCAACGGGCAGAUUGUGAUCCGUGCCGAGCAGACACGCGAACGGCUGCAGUUCCUUAGUUUGCUGUUGCGGAUCGCCGGCUAUAAUGAUAAGUACUUUCACCAACGGUCUUCUUAG